AUGGAAGGCUCGCCGAUGACGCGCCUCCCGGAGGCUAACUCCCUCCCCGACGGCUUCGUCCCCGACGUCGAGAGCUCAGGCACGGACGCGGCUUCUCCCUCCUCCGCGCCCAUCGCUGAUGAUGCGCUCGACUCCGAUAUCCCCGCCGCCACCAACCCCGGCGGUGAGGAAACCCUAAGCGAUCCCUCCCUUCCUGCGUCCACCGCCGAAGAUGCCUCCUCGGCCGCCGCUGCUGAAGCCUUGGGCACACUUUCUCUGGCCGCUGCUGCGGAGCCGGAACGCGCUCUAGGGGAGCACGGACCCGCCGGCGCUUCAAGAGGUGAAGAAUCCUUGAACGAGAACUGCGCAUCAGAGCAAGUGGGUGCUCCAACUGCUCAAAAGGGGAGCGGUGAGCCGAAACGCAAGGUCGUGAAGCGUAGCAAGCUCGAGAAGGACAGAGAUUUGUUUGAACUGGCCCAGCAAUACCACAGAGUGGUUGCAGAAAGGGAUGCAGCCAUUGCAGUCAAAGAAAGACUAGAAUCUCUUUGUAGGGAAUUUCAGCGUCAAAACAAAAUGCUAAAGGAAGAGUGCAGAAGGGUAUCGACGGAGGGACAGAACAUGCGUAUGGAAUUGUCUGAAAAAUUUGAUAAUGCCAUAAAGGGUGUCAGUGCCAAGCUUGAGGAGCAGAGAGUUUUGUCCAUUGCUCAGCUAGAAGAGAACAAUAUGUUGAGAAGUAAACUCAAAGACCUUGCUGAUCAAUAUGACAUUACUCAGCAGAAAUAUGCUCACCAAUUGAAAGAGAAAACGCUGGAGCUUGAGCUUGCUGAUCUGAGACUUCAACAACAUCAAGAGAAGGCUGCUCAGGAACAUACCCAAAUGCAGUUGUAUGCUGAGCAAGUUUCUCAGCUUAUGACUACUGAGAAGAACCUGCGGUUGCAACUAGCUUCUGAUGGAGAAAGAUUUCAGCACUUUCAGGAUGCCCUGUCAAAAAGCAAUGAAGUCUUUGAAACUUACAAGCAGGAGAUGGAAAAGAUGAUUUCGGUGAUAAAGAAUCUUAAGAAGGAGAAUGAAUUUCUGAAGGGAAAAUGCGAGAACUCAGAUAUUGCUCUUGUGAAGCUCAUUGAAGAGCGUGAGCUAACGAAGAAGCAAAUAGAGAAGUUGAAAAAUCAAAAGGAGAAGCUUGAAUCCCUGUGUCGAUCACUGCAGGCAGAAAGGAAACAAGGCCCCUCCGCCAGUAUUCCAGACGCCCCUUCUAGCCAAGAAGAUGUAUCAGCGACAAGUCAAGAAUCUUAG